AUGGACGACUCUCCACGAUCAGCGAAACGGAGAAAGCUCGAUGCCCCCAACACCACCGAGUCGACCGCAUUAAGAAAGCCGUCGGCAAGGAAACCCACUGGCAGGCUGGCCAAGCCAUCUGUCAGCAAUCCAGACGAUGGCAAAACACCAAAGGUUGAAAAGAAACUUGUUAGGGCAGCCAAGGGGAGGACGUUAAAGAGCGCGGCAAACGGCACAGCUGCGAAGCCAGCAACAGCGAAAAAUGUAGACGUUUAUGACGAUUUUGAAGGCGCAUUCGACAUAGAAAUACCAUCCAAAGCGAACCGUCAGCUGCCACAGGCAGCGCCACAAGGAGAUGUGGCAAACGCUGCGCAUGUUGCAGACGAACUACAGCCAGCCGCUGCACCCAAACGAAGGAGGGGUCGACCUACCAACGCAGAGGUGGCAGCCCGGAACGCUGCGAACGGAGAUGGAAUCAAUGUUGUUCCCUUGGCAGCACGUCCGGCGGCUGCGAAACCUAGCGCAAAGACUGCGCGCAAGCCAGCAGCCCCCCGAGCAAAAGCUCCUAGAAAGAAGAAGGAACCAAGUCCAAUUCCCGAAGAAGACGAGGGUGAAGAGGAUGAGCUGCAGGGCUUCAACAAGGCCACUACGCCUCCAAAACCUCCGCCUGCUAGAAAGGCGGCGACAAGUACACGAAAGAAAGCGGUGCUGAAGACGUCUGGCGCAGACGGAAUCACUGUUCCAGCAACAGCCCCCAGACGGCGCAAACCUACAAUCAAGGAGGCCAACAUAGCAGCGAGCGGGGAUGAUCUUGCAGACGCCUCUCCAACAAGAAACAAACGACUACCCGCGAGCACAACACGGCGCCUGAACCACACCGAUCAUAUUGCAAACGAAGACGAAGAGCGAUGGUCAGAUGUUGAAGGUCAGGCCGAUACACACAAUGACGACGACGACUUGGAUGUGGAUGGCAACAGUGCCUUGGGCAGUUUCUUGGAUCCUACCGAACCCAGUCCAUUCAAUAAGCCAACUUCGGCGCAAAAGAAAAGUUCUGCGCCACCUCUCAUAUAUAGUAACCUAGCGCCGGGCCAUGAAUUGGAUUUGAUCAAGACUAUUGUUAUGGAACGAAUCACAGGCAAACGUCCCUCGCCUCUGGUUGGCUUAGACGAAGAGUAUAAAUCGGUACACCAAGUUGUCGAACACACAAUCACUGCUGGCGAGGGAAACUCUAUGCUUAUCAUCGGUGCUCGGGGUAGUGGGAAGACGGCGCUGGUAAACAAGGUCCUUUCCGAAGUUUCCAAAGACAAUGGUGGGCAUUACCAUGUUGUUCGACUGAACGGCUUUGUACACACCGAUGACAAGAUUGCGCUCCGAGAAAUCUGGCGCCAGCUAGGCAAGGAGAUGGACAUAGAAGAAGACGGCAGUGGGCCUGGUAAGAACUACGCCGACACGCUAGCCACCCUGCUCGCUCUGCUCUCACAUCCGUCUGAACAAACGGGAGAAGAUACGGACCAAGUAGCCAAAGCAGUCAUCUUCAUUAUGGACGAGUUUGACCUCUUUGCCCAUCAUCCCCGCCAGACACUGUUGUACAAUCUCUUUGACAUUGCACAAUCGCGGAAAGCUCCCAUUGCUGUUUUGGGAUUGACGACGCGCAUCGAUGUGACAAACACUCUGGAGAAGCGUGUCAAGAGCCGGUUCAGCCAUCGAUACGUGCAUCUCAAGCUAGCGACGUCGUUUACUGCUUUCCAGACCAUGUGCAAGGCUUGCUUGACGUUGGAACCAGAACAACUGAGCGUCAAAGAGCGAGGAGUUCUGGGAGGUGGAGCCAAGAGCACACCGAGUAAAGGACAAAAAGGUGAUGCAAAGCAAGACAUGGUCAGCGAAUGGAAUGCCAACAUCUCCACACUUUUCUCAACCCCAUCCUUCCUAACCCAACACCUCGCAUCCAGCUUCUACCUCACAAAAUCCGUCCCUCAAGUCCUAACUUCCUUCCUCCUCCCCACCGCCACUCUCAGCCAGGAAACGCCCUUCCAGCCCGGCUAUCUACUCAGCGCCCCAGACUCAAAGCUAUCUCUCAUGCCCUCGCUAUCGACCCUCGCACUCUCUCUGCUUAUCGCUGCAGCCCGAUUAGACAUCAUCCACGACUCGGACACGUGCAAUUUCAACAUGGCCUACGAUGAGUACGUCAUGCUGGCUUCGCGAGCGCGUAUUCAAUCGGCGGCGGGUGGACUUAGUAGCAGUAGUGGGGCGAGCAAGGUAUGGGGUAAAGAUGUAGCGAGGCGCGAGUGGGAGGGUCUCGUAGAGCUGGGUUUGUGCAUGCCGGUUGUUCAGGGUCAGGUGGGCUCGUUUGGCAUGGUGAGGUGUGAUGUUGCGCUUGAAGAGGUGGGUGAGGUGCUCAAGGGGAUUAGAGGUGGGGAUAAGGGUUUGGAAAGAUGGUGUCGGAGUAUUUGA